AUGCAACACACCCUUUUACUCAAUACUUAAAGAGAGAUUGUUAUCAUUCACUCUACCACCAUCCUGAUUGGGAUUCAUUCGGUCUUAUCAAAAGAUGGAUCUCUUAAACAAUCAACCUUUGGUACAGCUACGAUAUUCAAUAGCAGAAGCAUCAAGUUACUCAGGUGCUUAUGCUCCUCAAAAUAUAUUGUAUGACCGACCACAUGAUAUGCGUUCAAGAUGGACAGGUGCUGCAGUCGCAAAUAUGGUAGCACCCUCAAUAGGAAUGAGUUCAACUGCAUCUAAUCAAGCAACCGAAUCAAGCGGUCCUUCUUUGAUGACAUCUCGUGAUGGUGGGUAUUCCUUAGGUCGUUCUACUACAGCUGGACAAAGUGUCAGCAGCAACACAAGUGCUAAUACUGCUAUCCCAAUUGCAGGCAUAAACAAGGGUAUUGGAACACAAACAUCAAAUAGCACUCUAAUAGGCGGUGGCUUGACGGAGAAGCAAUACUUAAUACUGAAACUGGAAAAGCCUGCAAUCUUGAAAAAGAUUUAUUUUGGGAAAUACCACAAAUCUCACCCCUGCAACUUAAAGGAUUUCAAGAUAUACGGAAGUGCAUCAACUCGUGAUCCUAAAUCAAAAGCUUGGGUUAGACUGGUUCGUGGUGUUUUGAAAAAUGAUGCGAUUCCGGAAACGUUUGAGACACGGUAUACGACUGCCGAUGGCGUCCCGUUUCCUGUUCGAUAUAUCAAAUUGGUUCCAUUAGCAACACAUUUGCCAAAUUACAAUUUUUCGAUAUGGUACGUUGCUUUGGAAGGUAUCUCUAAUCCGCAAGUUGUUACACAUAUUUCGACAGCAUUCCAUCAGCAUCGCGAAUCGGUUGCAUUGCGAUUGAUUUUGAAACACUUACGCAGUAGGGCAUAUCACUCUGCAUACAGAAUCCUCUUGGAAUCUUGCGGUCUAGACGCCCAAAACGAGGACAAGGAACUUCCCACAAUCGGACCCAAACGUCCUUUCGAAAGGCCUGUUGUGACGCAACUGUUUCAUGCUCUAAUGCAAGGCUCGUGGGACAUUGCUGAAGCCUGCUUAGAACGUGCUGCAUGGGGCGAACAGAAUGUGGGAUCUGUUGCAUCAUCUAUGGAAGGAUCGGGAGAUAGCGAGCCAUUUGUUCAUCAAGGUUCUGCAGAGGCUGGACAACAUAUCAAUUCUGCAGCUUCACUGUUAUCGGCUUACGUAGAUCGAUCGAUCCCUAAACCUGUCUGGCAUCAAGUUCUCUCUACUGACUUGAACGGCGAUACACCAUCCGGACGAGGGGGUCAUCAGAUGGAAUUGGAUAGCGAUAAAGGAAUCCUAUGGCUAUUCGGAGGUUGGGACGGCAGUAAGGACCUUGCGGAUCUUUGGGCUUUCCAUAUUCGCGAAAGCAGAUGGCGUUGCAUUAGCCGGGACGUUCGUCAGCAAGGUGGCCCUGGACCUCGAAGUUGUCAUAAUAUGGUAUUCGAUCCGAGAACUGGAUUUUUGUACAUCCUUGGAAAAUAUGUGGAUUACGAUAAAGUACCUUCGCCUGCUCGAGGCUCAUCACCGGGAAAUGCUUCUUCUGAUCGUACAGGUGCUGCAGAUAACAAUCUUGCCCCUUCAAGUGCUGCAAGAGGCAUGUUCCUUCCUAGAUUCCCGGGUGGUCCAUCAUUGCCUGAAUCGACAAAUACACGAGCAGAAGGGGAAGAAGCAGGAUUGUUCACAAGCAAUAGAGGAGGUCAUAUGCGUUUGAUGGCGUCCACCGGUAGAAGUAUGGCAAGCGCAGAGCCCGAUUUGGGCAGAUCUGAGACUUCGAUGACAGGGGAAAAUCAACCGCUGAUGGAAGAAAGACAACCUCAAAUCAAGACAGGGUAUGAGUCUGACUUCUACCGAUUCUCUACUCGUACAGAACGUUGGGAUCGUUUAUCUCUCAACACACAUGCUGAAGGAGGACCGAAAUUGAUCUUUGAUCAUCAAAUGCUCAUCGAUCCUGAAACGCAAAUGUUGUAUGUAUUCGGAGGUCGUGUUGCCCAUCCUGAUGUGAACAAAAUCGAGCUAAGCGGAAUGUGGCAAUACGAUGUCAUUCAACGGUCUUGGCAAUUCAUCUUUGACGAUAAUACGAUUCCGCAUGCACGUAUUCCAGCUCGCGUUGGCCAUACGAUGUUACUCGAUACGCCAAAGACUGGCGCUAUGGCAGGAAAGAGAAUUCUGUGGAUCUUGGCCGGUCAACGUGGAACGACGUACCUUGCUGAUAUGUGGACUUAUCAAAUCAAUACUGGAAUCGUACGUGAAAUCAGUAGAGAUUAUAGUCAAUCUGGACCAGAAGGAGGCUUUACGCAAAGGGCAACGAUUGAUACCCAAAAGCGCGAAAUUCACCUUUUCAGCGGUCUUGUUCGCAAGAGCAAGAGUAAAGGUGAGAGAGUGAAAAGUGCAUUUUGGGUCUACAAUAUCGAACGAAGCGAAUGGAAGCUGCUUUACCAGCAUGGCGGAACCGGAAGUGCUUUACGGCCUGAGCAACAAGAAAGUGAAGAAACAGCGUUCAACAACGGUGAAGGUGAAGACGAUACCCCCAAUGAGCCAGUCGAGCCUGGUAGAGGUCCUACACAAGCGUUCCCAAUCAUUGAUGAGAGUCGAUUGUUUGAAAGUGGACGAGCAAGAAAUGUACCUGCUCGAGAUCAAUCUGUAGAGCCAGAUAUCCCAAUGACUCUUCGUGACAAUUCGCCCGCCGUCAUUCCUGGCUCUCCGCGUCCGGGCGCUUCCAGUAUGACGGACAAUGCUGGAUCAUCAUGUUCUGAGCCACGACCAAGGUUUGCAGCUCAAAUGGUGUAUGACAACAAGAAAGGCAAUUUCUACAUCUUUGGAGGAAAUCCGGCAGAAAGCAAUUCACCUGCGAUUCGAUUAGAUGAUCUUUGGUGUUUGGAUCUUGUACGGCCAAGCAUUUCGGAAAUCUUACGUAGAGCAAAAUUCAAAUUACGCAAACAAAGAUUUUUGGAAAUGGCACAAGAAGCUGAUCAAAUUGAUGAAGGACCAGGUGGAAUAGGAGCAAUGCAAGCAUUGAUUUAUUUGCAAACGCAAGUUUCACAAGUUGUCAAUCAUGAUGCGCCAGAAGAAAGUCAAGCGUUCAGAAGAUUGAUGUCACAUCUUCUUAAUGCGGGACACAAUGCAGGACGUGAAUCAACACCUUCUUCCUCUAAUCGAACACAUCCUUCUAUCAAUCUAAGUUCUGAUCCUCUGUUCAGCAGUGAUGGUAGUAGCCCUUGGAUGUCGCCGGUGCCAGGCGUGAGCGUUACAGCAGAAACGGGCACAUUCGCAAAUCUACGUUCGGACGACGAUCCUGCAAGCUUGUCCGUUUUGUCUUCCGACAGAAAGGGUUUGAGUUCAGCUUCCGGUGAACAAAAUAGCGAUUCUGAAGGUGAUAGUGAAAUGCUUUCGAUUUCACAAGUAUUACCGCAAAGCAACGAAAAAUCGGCAGAAGCAAAUCAAACAGCAGCAAGUACAACAAACCUUGAAAGUUCAAGCAAUGUAAGCGCUUCUGCACGUCAAUUAGCCUUGGAAGGUCAACCAACGGCUUUGUAUAGACAACGUUAUCAUCUUUUCCGUUCACUUUGUCAAUUUUUCCCGCCCAAUGGUGUUGAACCAAAUUUGGAUUUGUUGGAUUGUGUUGAAGUUAGCAAACUUACAUUUUAAAGAUGAUUUUUCAUUUCGAAAAAGAAAUACCCCUUUUCCUCUACUUCAAUGAUACCUUUGUAAUCAAUUUGGAUUUCUCAUACAUUUGUUUAACAGAAUGUUAUCUAUCGCAAUAAUUAUUAUACUAUACAUACAUACAUAGGUUGAUAUUGUGACAAUUAAUUUACAGCC